AUGGCGGCCUCACAAAACGCAGAAGAGCAAUCCGUAGAUCUGCCGGAGUCCUCCGCCGCACAACCAACCACAGGGACAUCAGCAAGCCGAGACAAGCACACCCCAGCCACUAAACAAGACAUCACUGACCUGCUCCAGGAGAUGAGACAAAUGCAUGCCGCAGAUCUUGACUUGCUCAAGACUGAAAUACAGGCGGUGACCGCACGCACGCAGGCCUCUGAGAAGGAUAUUCUGGAUCUGCAACAGAAGGUACAAGGGCUACAGGAACAUGUCCACAAACUGCAAGCCUCCCAGUCCACCCUCACUACAAGAGUAGAUGUGGCAGAGGACCGCAAUAGGUGGACUAACAUAACAAUUACUGGUAUCCCUGACAAUAUUGACUCUACCGAACUGCCACUAUCUCAGACGCCUCACAGCUACACUCCUACCACAAGCUCAAGUGAAAAAAAUGAUGCUGGAAGGCUUCUUUCGAUUCCAAAACCCUAUACAAGCACCACCCACUGCUUCUCAGGAUAUCAUCAUAAGGUGCCACUCUGCAACAGACAAAAUAAGGUUUCUCACUGCAGUCCGAGGAAAGACCCCACUUGUCUUCGAAUCAUCCCAACUAACCUUUUAACUUGA